ACGUGCUUUUAUUUUGACACGGUUAACCGGAAGUGUUUCUGCCUUGACUGAUUUAGAGCAUUUCACUGUUGGCUUGUAACUACUUCAACAAUGCAGCAGCGGGAGGAGAAGCAGUUGGAGGCGGCGGUGGAGUCGCUCGCUUCUCGGGUCGCACACGUCAAAAACGCUCUGCACAGUUUCAUUUAUAAGCUGGAAAAUGAAUACGAGCGAUUAACAUGGCCUUCUGUUUUGGACAACUUCGCCCUGCUCUCCGGUCAGCUGAACAGCAUCAAUAAACUGCUGAAGAACGAGAAGACACCGUCCUUUCGCAACCAGGUUAUAAUACCGCUGCUUCUGUCCCCAGACCGGGAUGAGGAUUUAGCAAAACUCACAGAGCAGCGUGUCCCAGUGUUCAGUCAUGAGAUUGUACCAGACUACUUGCGGACCAAGCCUGAUCCCGAGGUGGAGGAGCAGGAGAAACAGCUGAGUGUAGAGGCGGCGCGAAUUGGCCCAGAGGCGGCACAGAAGCAGAUCCAGACGUUGAAUAAACUUUGUUCCAAUCUGCUAGAGAAGCUGAACAAUCCUCGUGAUGACAGAGACUCAGAGAGUGCAGCAAUACGACAGAACAAACCAUCAUUCAACCCUGCUGACACUAACGCGUUGGUCGGCGCAGUUGCAUUUGGAAAGGGGCUUUCCAAGUGCAGGCCUCCUGGUCCAGUGGCCCCUGGACAUCCGGGACAAGGACCCAUGAUGAGUGGUGGUCCAACCUUGCAGCAGGUCACCAUUGGUGGUGGUUCAAGCCAGCAAGCAGGUAUGGGAGGACCUGUGGCUCCACAGCAGCAAGGGCAGCCAGGAAAAAUGCCGAGCAGCAUCAAGACAAACAUCAAAUCUGCCCAUCCUUAUAACCGAUGAGCUUGUUCUUUUUUUUUUUAAUUAUUUUUUUGGUUAUGUUCAUAAGCAUCUGUUACGUUUCAGAGAUUCGCCAACAGCAUUGACAACAAUUUGUAACCCUCUCCUUUUGUAACUUUAUAAAAAACAUUAUUUUUCAUAGAAUGGACCAACGUCUAUAAAGUUAUUACUACUCUGUUCUGCCUAAAGCUUUUAGAGAUCAUUUUUUGUGUGAAAUGAUCUCAAACACAAAAUGUUAAUAUUUGCGACAUCUGAGCCACUAGAUGGCAGUAUGUCAUCAUUUGUGAGAUUAGAAAGGCUUGUAUUUUGUGUACUGUACUUUGUUUUUCAAUAAAAUAUGUGCUUAAAUAA